GUGACAAAACUUGUGUGUCCACCCCGGAGUGUUGUCAGAACUGGGAUGUGCACAUGGUCCGAUGCUCUCUGGGAAUUUUGCUGCGUAAAAGCGAAGAAAAACGCGGAAUUUGACUAGAAAGAAUUGGAUAUAUGUUACUUGGCGAUACAAUGGGAGUAUCCGGGCACGUUUUGCGCGUUUUUCAGUGUGUGCCCUGAAGCAGUGAUGGAGCAAGUCCUGCACCGGUACCAGACGACUUUUGAUGCUUUUUAGAAAUACAGUAAUAUAUUUUUGGUGUCAGCAUGGCUGGGAAUGAGAAUAACCUAUGGAUACAGCACAGUCUAAGCAGAGACUGCUUCGGACUGGAUAUGGACCACAACCUCAAGAGCCUCCACAAGGACUUUGCCUCUCUCUCCCAGACGCCUUACUUUUCCAACUCUUACCUCAGCUCUGAACCACUGCCAUCUCCACAAGAGGGGGACCAGGUCGUACCUUCAGCCCAGAGAGGGUGCAGCGUUCUGAGACAGCGAGAGGCCAAACCCUUACCCCCUCUUCCGGACCCCGAGGAACUUAUGUCAGACGAAGCCGCGGACCAAGAAGUGGAGUUUUUCACUAGUGACCGACGAUGUCUACUCCCUAAGUCCUUUCCCAAAGUCCCAUGUAAAGAGAGCAAUAAUGUUAACACUAGACAGAAUGGGCAAGUGAACUAUGCUUAUCAGGACGUAUCUUUGCUUGAUAAAGACAGUGGGAAUAUGGCGUUUUCAUGGCCUGGAUGCGAUGACAGACUACAGACUAGAGGCAACCAUUUUGGUGCAAAUAACUUUGAUAGCGGAGAUGCAUUUUGGGGUAAACCGGAAGAUUUAACCCCUAAAAUGCGCUUCUCUUGCUCUGUACCCCCUAUUCCUGACAACAAACCUGAAGUCCCACCGCGCAUACCGAUCAAACCUAAAAACCUAACUCUUUCGAAUGACGAUAAACCUCCAAAAAUCCCACCCAGAGUUCCGUUGGUACCACCUUGCCCUCCCAGAACCCCGAGUCCCAAAAGUCUUCCAAUCUACAUCAAUGGAGUAAUGCCGCCUACACAGAGUUUUGCCGCUAACCCCAAUUAUGUCAGCAAAACGCUACAGCGACAUCACAGUGAAAGGGUGCCCAGUACAACUCAGUCUUCGCCAUGUAUAGUGCCCAUUUUAAAAGAUGGAAGACAAGCCAGUACCACGCACUACAUUCUACUACCUCCAGGGCGACCAGCGAACUCUAACAGGAGAGACAGACUGCAGAGUGAACCGACCAGGAAGUCAAAUGGAGGCUUCUGGAAAAAACGAUAAAUUUAAUAAUAUAAUAAUAUGAAAUGGACAUUAAAGAUGUUAUGAAGGAGGUAUGAAUGAGGGGCAUAUUCAUUACCAGAAAAGACAGUUGAAGUAAAUUAGAGGGACUGCUAUUUUGAGGUAUUAUAAUCAGGUAUAGCCUUAUGACCACUUGUUGAAAAUACUUUCUUUCAGAACAAAGGUGGGCAGAGUAGCCAAGUAAGAGUAAAGUUACAUCAACUUAAGUAGAAGUACAAUGUAGUGGUCUGGGAAAUUAUUCAAGUAAGAGUUGGGGAAACUACUACUCAAGUCAGAGUAACUUUAAAAGCAACUGUCUGGAUGUGAGAUUUGAUUUAUGAUUUGAUGUUACAUUUAAGGUCAAAAUAUUAUAUAAUAAACAAAAUCUGGUAUUUAAAGGUCAUACCAUAAAAAUAACAAAAACAAAUUAUAUCUCAGAGUGAUGCAUGGAUCACAAAUUAAUUUAGUUCCUAUAUUGUCACAUAAACAUUCGGCACUUCCAAAAACCUACUCACUGUACUGUUGCUCUAUGAAAUGUAUUACUCAGAGAAGACAAAAUUUUUAUGAAAAAUUGAAUGAGUAUAUAUAUCUGAGAAUAUGAGUACUACUCUCCUCAGGUAAUAAAUAUUUGACCCUUUAACCUGCACCACCUUGUUUGGACCACAUAUGAAUAAUACUGCAAACUGGGAACAUCCACAAAAAAACUGUUUAAUUUUUACUUCUCUAGCCAAUGGUCAUAAUGUUAUGCCUGGUUGCUAUAUUAUUUUUUGCAUAAAAGGGAUUCAAUGCAGCACAUUAAUUAACCUUAGCAUAUUAUAAUUAAGUGAUUAGAACUUGACUGGGCAUAGUCGUAAAAAUGAAUAUUAACAGGGAAGUAGAUAUUGAAAUAACUUAUCAUGCUAUAAUCCCUUUAUAGGAUGUAAUAUGUUACCUGCCAGUAUUCCAUUGUAAAAGAAAAGAAACUAACAUUCCAGUAUUUUAAUCAAUGUUAGAGAAAUAUACCUCCUGAAACCACUAUGGAGUGGUUGGCCUAUAUUCACUGGCCACUUUAUUAGGUACACUGUUUCCUGGCGCUUCAAAUGCUAGUCACUUUGCAACAACAAAUAUUUGAGCAAUGUUCAAAUAUUCACAUAUUAUUGAGUUCCUCAUGUACAAUCAAAAAUAAACACAGGUGGACCAAAACAAGGAAAAGUCCACAGGACAAAAAGUAUCAAAAGAAACAUGUAAACUAAAACUAAACUAAAUGUGAGUUGUGAAAUGAGUUGCUUGAGUAUUAGAAGCAGUUUUGAACCAUUAUCGGUGUACCUAAUAAAGUGUCUGCAUGUGCUGUGAAAUUAGCCUAACCAGGACUGAACUGUUCCUCUUAACUGUGUACAAGCUGGGCUUGUACAAAUAUGACGUGUCUUUUUACAACUUGCUGCUUAAAUUUUACUGUAAUUAAAUGUAUUUAUAGACUUAAUUAAAUUACAAUUUAUCAAAUGUAUUGUAAAGAAACAAACACGUUAUAGCCAAUUAGCCACUGAAUUUAUUGAAAUAUUUUACUUAGUUAUAAAAUCAUCUUCACCUGUAAUUAAGGCAGAUUAUUAUGUAAAGUGUCAACACAUUAAAAUCAUACUAGUUUUAACUAGUUUAGCCACUACUUUUUCAUGAGUCACUCUCAAGUACACAUCGAAACCUCUUAUAGAUAAAAAGUGAAAUGAGCUCAAAUCAAUAGAACUGACUCAACAAGCAUAAGUAACAUGAUAAAUUGAUCCGUCCUAAUGUAGAUAUGUUACACUGUCAGUGUUUACAGGUUUCUCUGUACAUUAUUAUAUUGGUAAUUUUGUCUUAAAGGUUUCUGAGAGUAUUGUAACAUUUGUUUAAUCUAUUUAUAGAAAUAAAGUAACUUAUUCAUUGAA